AUUAUGGGUUAGUUUCCCCAAUUUGCCUAUGAAUUGCUGGAGUUGCAACUCUCUAGCCGCAUUGCUAGUGCUAUGGGAAAACCUAUAUAUACCUUUGAGUGUAACACCAAACAAACUACAAUAUCAUAUGGAAGGAUGUUGAUUAAGAAAAAUGUGACCAGACCUCUCCCACAAGUAAUUAUAGUGCAUAAUCCUAAUGGAAGACAAUUUGUGUAGGAAGUAUGCUUUGAUUGGAAGCUCGAAUUCUGCAAAAAUUGCUUCAAAAUAGGUCACGACUGUGACGUCUAUCCUCAUAUAAGACAAGAUGAUGUUACCUCAGAUUGUAGAGCCACAAUUUGAGCAACCAAAAAGAAAGAAGAGGCAUCUCAACAUUUGUCUUAUGGACAAAAAAAUUUAGUAUUUGCUAAAUAUGGUGUGUAUUGGUGCAACAUGCGAAAAUGGUGCAAAGUGCACCUUUUGAGCAAUCAAAAGAUCCAUUCACUUCAAUCCAUGAGAAAACAACAAGUUGAACUUCUUAUUGAGUCGCUUAAAAAUGAAGCUCGUGAUCGUGUAGUUGUUGAUCUUAGUGCAAAGGUUACGUCCUUGAAUGCUAACUUAACUUGCUUAAUGGUCUUUGGAAAGAAGUACAUGGAUGAGGACUUGGACAAGAGGGGAUUCAAAGAUCUUGUUCAAGAUAUUUUGCAUUUAGCACGUAUGCCAAAUCUUGGUGAUUUUCCCCCCUUCCUUGGUGCUAUUGAUCUCCAAGGUAUCACUCGCAAGCUCAAGGAUCUUUCAAAGGUGUUUGAUGAGUUCCUUGAGAAGAUUAUUGAUGAACACGUUCAUGCUCAUGAACAGAAGCAAAAUAAGGACUUUGUGGACACCAUGAUGGACAUAAUGCAAUCUGGAGAUGCAAAAUUUCAGUUUGACCGUCAUCACAUAAAAGCUAUCCUUUUUGACAUGCUUAUAGCUGCAGUGGACACUACAGCUUCAUCAACGGAAUGGAUACUCACCGAGCUUCUUAGGCACCCCCAUGUGACGAAGAAACUCCAAAAGGAGUUGCAAGAAGUGGUAGGCCUCGAUAGAAUGGUGGAAGAAUCCGACCUAGAGAAUUUAAAGUACUUAGACAUGGUUGUAAAAGAGGGCCUGAGGCUGCAUCCUGUAGCGCCAAUACUUCACCAUGAGUCCAUGGAAGACUGUGUAGUGGAUGGUUUCCACCUACAAAGGGGAUCCCGAAUGAUAGUAAAUUGUUACGCGAUUUAUAUGGAUCCAAAUGUUUGGCUGAGCCUGAGAAGUUUUUGCCCGUUGGGAGAAGUAUAGAUUUUCGUGGACGUGACUUCCAACUUGUACCAUUUGGCUCUGGGAGAAGAAGCUGCCCUAGGAUGCAGUUGGCAGUUACUGUUGUCCGCCUUGUGGUGGCACAAUUGGUGCACUGCUUUGAGUGGGAGCUUCCAAGUUGUAUCAGCCUUGUAAUUUAGACGUUGAUGAGCAGUUUGGGAUAGUAAUAUGCAGAGAAAAGCCUUUGCUGGCUAUUCCUACUUAUAGAUUAAAGAAAUGAUGCAAAUAGUAUUCACUGACAUAUGUGUAUGGUGAUUUAUCCC